CUCGGACAUCACUACGAUACGAUCGCAUGGCGAGCCUUGAGUCACGCUGAGACGUUGUAGAUUAUUUGCGGGAACCUCCUGAUCAGCCCUUCAGAAGUGACUUUGUUCAUGGCGUUCUUGCAGAGAACUGAAGUCUACUGCUACGCUCAACAUCCACAAUCUUAAACCAGUGGAGAAUGCUUGGCACGCUACACACUGACCUGCACUGAUCUCUGGAUGCACAUAGAAUCUGUUCACUCUGCUGCCUGUGGUUCCACCACCCAGAACUCCUCGCAAAUCUAAUGGGGUGAUCUUGCCUCUCUGGCUACAUAAAGCCAUUAAAGAGAGGAUACACGUCUUUGGGAAUUUGAACAUCGAGGAAUCGUACUGUACAGUGUUUUAAUCUCAAAUAAAUAUCUGAGACUGAACACCGCAGUGAAGAAGACCCAUUGGGUGAAUUUGGUUGUAAACGGUUUCUUUCAAAGUUUGGACUCUGAAUUGGAGGCGUAACAAUGGCUCGGAUGAACCGGCCGGCUCCAGUGGAGGUGUGUUACAAGAACAUGCGGUUCUUGAUAACUCAUAACCCGACAAACUCCACUCUGAACAGCUUCUUAGAGGAUCUUAAGAAGUAUGGCGCCACGACGGUGGUCAGAGUUUGCGAGGUAACCUACGACAAAACCCCGCUGGAGAGUGAUGGAAUCACAGUAGUGGACUGGCCGUUUGAUGACGGCGCUCCCCCUCCCUCUAAAGUUGUAGAGGACUGGCUCAGUCUACUGAAGAGACGUUUCAUGGAAGAGCCCGGCUGCUGUGUGGCUGUUCACUGCGUGGCCGGUCUCGGAAGAGCUCCAGUACUAGUGGCUGUGGCUCUGAUUGAGAGUGGGAUGAAGUAUGAAGAUGCCAUCCAGUUCAUCAGACAGAAGCGCAGGGGUGCAAUAAACAGCAAGCAGCUUUCCUAUCUAGAGAAAUAUCGGCCCAAACAGAGACUGCGCUACAAGCACACGCACAUUUUCAAGAACAAGUGCUGCAUCAUGUAACCACAUCCUCACCCCAACCACGUUAAACCGGAUGGACUAAGCCACAACUGAUGCACUUCGCUGAUUUGCCAUUCAAAUACAAACUGAUUCCAUCUGGUUGAAGUUGAAUACCCCACUGGUGCCUAAAUCCUCACUCUGUGGAGUGGAUACUGCCAUGACCUUUCUAAGAUGCACGGCUCUAAGGUCACUAAAAGGCUGCGUAUAUCCAAGGUCAAUGAGCUACGCCAAAGGCAACCUUUGACCCUGCACCAGGACUAAUCUUGCCUCAAAUGAUUGUGAUUUGUCUGAAAGAGCCAGCUGGUGUGAAAACAAUGUGAAUUGUGGAAAAAUGUGUGCUUUCUCGCUCUCUUGUUUUUGUUUCUACCACAUCCCCGCUCUGCCCCACCAGGAGUCAGAUUUUUAGAUGACUACGGUUAAUACUUUCAGUUUUUAGCACAAAUCAUUUCACUUCUGACAACCGUGAUGCUUUGAUGUUUUGUGAGCAAACAAUGGUAAAGGUGGGAAGAUGAAGGGCUCAUGUGAACAGUAUUUCUGUUGCUUAAACCAGCUCUCUGCUGUUUCCAGUACAAUUGAGUACCAGAGAUUAAAUGGUUUCUGAAAAAUAGAUGGAGGCUCAUGAAUUAAACCAGGAGAAUGCUUAUGCGUAUAUAUGUGCUUAACUUGUCAAUCAAAUUUUGGUUUAUUGGAGAAGUUUUUAUGUAUUAGGAAGAUUGCAGGGCUGAAUUAAAGGGAUAGUUUAUCCAAAAUGGUUGUUUCAGGCCCAUAUGAUUAACGUUCUUCCAUAAAGCAUAAAGGGAGAACUCUUGAAGAAUGUUUAUGCUGCGGUCUUCCAUACAGUUAAAAGUGGAUGGAAAAAGGGCUGUCAAGCUCCAAAAAGGACACCAUACAAGUAGUCAAUACAACUUUUGCACUUUAUUCUAGGCCUUCUAAAGCCACACGAUAGCUUUGUGUAAGGAAUAAACUGAAUUGUAAUCUAUAUUCACUGAAAAUCAUGCUUGACAGACAUGGUCACCAUUCACUUGUAUUGUAUGGACAAGAGCAGCUUGUACAUUCUGCCAUAAAUAACUCCUUUUGUGUUCCAUAGAAGGAAAGUCAUGUCUUUUGUGACCCAGGAUCAGUUAAUGAUGACAGAAUUAACUUUUUGGAUGACCUAUCACUUUUAAAUGUUUAAACCUUUCAGGACUCUGUGAAAGUUAUGUGUUGACUAGUUGAACUGUACAAUAAUGUACCUCCAUUCAGGUCAACAGGCAUCAGGUGGUAAAAAGUGGCUCUUUAUGGAUGAAUUAUGAGAUUGUGGUUUGAAGUUGCUUUUCUCUGUUUUUUUUUUUAAGAACACCUCCAGCUGCAUAAUACAAAUAAAGGCUAUUGCAACAAGAA